GGCGGUGAGCGGUGCCGUAACCAAUCGUCGCCGGCCUUUCUCUCUCUACGCUGCUCUCCUCUUCCCUCGCCGUCGCAGUUUCCCUUCCGCAGCCGCCGACGCCUUCCCACCCCGUCUGAAGCAAUCCACGGUUUCCGUCGCAGCAAAUCUCUAUUUCCAUCUUUGAACUGAGCAAUUCUCGCAAGCUUUGAUCUGUAGAUAGGGAAACAAAAAAUGCGGCGUUCGAUGCUGAGGGACUUCUCACAGGCAUUUUCUUUUCCUGCGAGGAGGCUACUGGUUCGCUUCACUUCGAGUAAAUUGUUCAUUGGAGGCCUUUCUUUCGACACUAACGAAACUGCCUUACGAGAUGCCUUUGCCGAACAUGGUGAAAUUAUAGAAGUGAAAGUUAUAUGUGAUCGUAUGACUAGCAAGUCAAAAGGAUAUGGUUUUGUCCAAUUUUCCUCGCAGGAAGCAGCAACCAUCGCUUUGCAAAAGAUGCACGGUGAGUCAUUGGAUGGAAGAAACAUCCGCGUGGAAUAUGCAGAGAAGGCAUGAAGCUGCAGUUCGCGGUCGGGUUUCCAUUGAAGCUAUGUAACAACUAAAUAUCACAAAGUAUCUUCCUCCAAAGUUUCACCGUUAAGUUCAAUUAGUCGAGGUAAGCUUCACGGUGUUUCUUUCAAAUAGUUGCUCUUUUUUUUCAUAAAUUCAAGCCUAACAAAAAUAGUUAAUGGUAGAUCAGAUUUGUGCUUUUCUGGGUUGGGCUCUAUCUUUUAAGGCUAUUAAAGUUCAAACAAGUAGUGUUCUUCAUAAUGUGUGAUUUUGUACACGAAUUACUCCUUCCCUACGUUAAGUUUAUGGUUAUUCAUUUUCCUUUUA